GCGUUUUCUCUGUUUUUCAUCUUCUUCUUAUCAUGAUUAUGGUUGAAAUGGAAUCAGGGCCUUAUCAUUAUUCUUGUUCAAAGGAAAUUAGGUUCUUACUUCGGUUUCUUCUGCUACCAAAUGAUUCUAUCACUUGUUUUAGGGUUUAUUGGGUGCCAGUCUAAACACGUCGAAUUAUCAUCAAUUCAUGUACAAAAUCCUUCGCCGGAAAUGCUUUAGUACCCACCAAACCCAAUUGGUUUGUGUGGUUGGGUUCUCACCCGGGAUCCCAGGUACAAUUAGAGAUGGGUUCUGGAGAAGAAAACCCUCCGUGGAGUGUAUUCGAUCGAGUAAAGAAUAUCCCAUCAAUGCCGGAAACUCUCAUGGCGGAGAUCAAUGCAGCCAUCACUGCAUUAGAGUGUGCCCGUGCUACAACUCUCCUCGAUUCUCCAUCUUCUUCCCUUCCUAAGAAUACGAGAUCCGCUGCAAACAAGAAGCCUCACUAUGAUGCUCGAAUGGCGGACGAAGCUUACAAGGCAGGAUGUGCAGCCUUGGCUGCAGGCAAGCUCGAUGAGGCUCUUCACUCUUUGAAUCUUGCUCUCUCUAAAUGUCCACCUGAUAAGACGUCUGCUGUUGCUAAGCUUCAGUCUCUCAUAUCUCUCACAUCUCAACAACUUAAGAAACCUCUCAACUGACUUUAGAACCAACAACUUUCUACUCUUUAACUUCUGGUAAUUUGCUUACUUCCCAGUCACAAUUCGAUUUGAAAACUGCUUGGUGUUGCAUGACAUGUUUCUUUAAUCCAGUAAGCAAACUAAUCAAACAUUUUGUAUUUCUGGCAUCUUGAUGGAGUCUUUAUAAUGCGAUGUUUUCUGUUUCAAUAUCACACAUUCAUUCUUCUGAUGGAAAAGCUAAUAUUAUCCAAAAACAAAAAGGAAAAUGAAUAGGGGCAACAAAGUACGAUUGAUCUUGGGGGUUUUAUCUGCUACAAAAUCCCUCAUCAUUGAAGUGAAUAGCAUGAUUGAAAUCUUACUUUUGAUAUGUCAUUUUUAAGUUUAAGCAUGACAUGACUAUCCAAGCUCAGUUGUGAUUUCAACUCAACCAACUCAACUCAAGAAAAAACCUUAUCUCUAAUACUGGGAUUGACCAAAUGAAUCAUUUUUCUCGCUAACUGGCUUUAAUUAGAGUCAUUAUCUUCCAUUGGAUCUUGGGGUAAUGAACUGUUUCUCUGCCAUGACACAUAUUGUUUUGGCUUAGCUCUUGGACUCAUAGGCGUUGCAAUUGCCCUAAACCAUUGAUAAAUUUGAUUGCUCUUUGAAACUAGGAAGUGCAAGAUUUCGUCAAAAACUAAAUUUCAUGGCCAGAGUUUGUGCCACUAGGACCUAGCUGUAAUCUCUUUGCCGUGGUUGGUUUGGAGCUAGAGUGAAAUAAGAAUGCUUCCUUCUCCCAAGAUCAGUAGCCUAUUCACACAUGCUUGUUUGUUUCCCUCGCUAAUGGAAGCAUGCCUUUGUUUCUUAUUUUGAUUUAGAUGUGAAAAAGAAAGAAAACAUGCACUCAAUGGGCAUAUUCAGAUUAAUUUCUAGUGCUACUACACGACAUGCUAGAAGUUGCUUCGAAACAUGGUCUUGCAGGUGGUUUUUGGCCUGACCUUGUUUGUGGUUCAAGGUCAUCAUAAUGACCAAAAAUAAUGCAUUCAGCUGAAAAUAAUGCAGUAUUUGGUCACCAUUCAAGGCAAUGUUGCCCCAGAGUGGAGGCCUAGAAGAAAGAAAAAUGCAAGGACCAAGAAGGCAGCAUAGCAUGUUCAAGGAAAUUCAUGACAAACUAGGGCUUACGAAGUAGAACUCAGGGUUUAAGGUUGACGAAGUUGACUAGAAAAAUCCAAUCACUCACAAGUUCCAGCAUUGGAGUGCAAAAGGCAGUUGCCGUCCACCCUUUUGGUUGUGGGCCUCCUCUUGCCCUGAUGUUACCCACUUAUGGAUAGCUAAACUUCAUCGCACCUCCUAAAUCAUUUUCAUACAAGAAAAUUAGGGAAUGAGUCCAAUAAUAUUCAUGGAUGGAGUGUAAUUCUUGGAAAUUUUGUCAGGUAGCGGUCACGGUAGGUAUCUUGUCCCAUUUUACCAUUUCCUUAAGCUUGAAGUGAAACUGGGAAAUUGCAAAUUUGGAAACAGUCAUGGGUUAUAUUUGUAAAUUAAAAGAACCAAAUAAAAUUUUGACAUAAUUCAUAGGGAUUUGUCAGUGUCCAUGUCAGAUGUCAUCGGAUGGUGUGAUCACAACUCACAAGAUAUUAUGGAAUAUGAAGGGUCAUCAGAUAAACUGUCCAAUGUUGUUUUAACUUAGUCUUUACCCCAAAGAAUAGAAAAGCCAAGCAUUUAAGAAGCUGCAAGGCCACCAUCACAGAAGCAGUUCAAUGUAAACAUCAACCCAUGUUGGAAUUAUAAAUAUCAGUGGUUGUGUGCCUAUCCUUUAAUCUUGAAUUAACCAGCCAAUUCCCAGCUCAAGAGCGCCUAGCAUCAUGUUUUACAACGAAGACCAACCAAAUCCCUCAAAGAGAUGCAAAUGCCUCGCAGCAGCCCUCAAGGAGGCUUUUUCUAAUUGCCAUGCUUUUGGUGGGAAGCUUCCUUCUGCAAGCCCAGAUGAGGAAAAUCCACCGAGUGACGUUGAUGAUGAGGAGGAAGUGGUUGUCUCAGCAAUUCGAAGUAAAGCCAGAGAAGCAAAGUUGAGGCGUAAGACCAGCCUUCUAUCGGAUAGCUUUAAGUUAGAUAGCUUCUCCCGGGUCUUCUCUCCCAGGACAGGAGAAUUGUUCGCAACCCCAAAGGAACUGCAGCAGAGGGAAGAUGACGAUGAUGAUGAAGAAAGGGAGGAUUAUUUCUCUGUUAGGAGCUAUUUGUCCCGUGCUUCAAGUGUAGCAAGUAGGGAGGCCUUCCUGUCUGUUAAGACAAACUUCUCCCGCAGUUCGAGCUUGAGUGGGAUUGAUUUUUACGAGUUUCGGAGGCCGUCCAUAAUUGAGGAGUUAUGCCACUGUGAGGGGUGGCCUUUUGGUCUCUGCAGGAGGGCCAUGUUGCUUCCACCUCUGCCCAAGUCCCCAUCCGAGUCCUGGUCAUGGCGUAAAGGCACAAGAGUAGUUAAAAUGAAUUAACGCAUGGGACUUUUUCUUUUCGCUGCAAGCCUGCAAUGCAAAUUUAAUUUCAUUUUACAAAUAAAAAUUUAGGGGAUACUUUGGGCUCCUUUCAGAAUCUCAAAUUGCUCAACUCAUAAGUAAUCACCCCACUUUCGUUGAUUACUUGUGAAUGGGGAAAAUGAGGGGCGGGCAUCAUAUUCUUGACUUCUUAAUGUUCCAAUCGAUGAAGCUCUUUCUUCUAUUACCAGAACAUAUGCUUUCUUUUCUUUUUCGGAAGCUUUCCGCUCCUUUCAUGUAUCAUGCUAUGUUCUUUGUAGAAGAAUGAGUAUCCAAGUUCAGAAGAAUCUUUCCCAUAAA